CGGGACCCGGGUCUCCUGACUCUGAGGUUCUCACGCUCUUUCCGCUAGGCCACGCUACUUCUCUAUUGCCGUAGUCAAGCGGGCCUCCUGUCGGGGACGACGGACGGACCUCAGUCUUCGGGGCCGAGAACCCGUACGGAGGAAUCGAUCCUGGGGCUAGUGGCCUGUCGCGGCCCCAGUCUCAUCCUCCGGUCUCUGCCGGUCCUGUUCCCCUCGGGGCGCGGAGGGCGACGAGCGAGGAGGCGGGCAGGGCUGCAGCACGGCACGCGUGUGGUCUCUGCCCGCGUUCGCCAGCUCCGGACAGGACCGGAACUAGAACCCGGGUCUGCCGAUUCCCACGUCCGAGCCCUUUCCCCCGGACCGACGGCGGGGCUGCAUCUCGGGCUUAGCGAUGGGCCAUCCCACCGGCUCCGUCUCUCCCUCUGGUGACCCAAUAUGGACCGUCUGCUCCUGAAUCUCUCUGCGGGACAAGCGGCCCUCUGACUCCCUGUCUCCGUGUGCUGUCGAGAAGUGUUUCCUUUUGUAUGUUUGGAGGCCUCCUCCCUCCAGAUUCCUCCCGGUGCUGAGGCAUUUGGGAAACGGCAACUCUGUGUUUGCCCCGUCUGCACCCUCCAAGAUCCUGUCAGCUUUCAGCCUGUAUCUGUUCAGACCGCAGAAUCCUAAUCCUCUUGCUCCCUACCUGUCUUCUGCCAGGCUGGGGGACAGGUAGAGGGCCAGUCGUGGUGGAGAUGUGGGAGACCGGGACUCCACGGGCUUCCCCCUGGGGUCGGACACCAGGCUCGCCACCCCACCCGCCGUGCCCAUCUCUCUUUCGCCCUCCUGCAGCCGACGCGGGUGCCAUGCCCUUGUGCCGCUGUUCCCUGCGCUCUAGCGAGUCGGACGAGGACAAGGCCCAGGGCUCAGUGACCGGAGGCCUGAGGGUCUUCCUCUACUGGAGUGCCGGUGGGGAGGGCCACGUGGUGUUCGGCCUGGGCCCGCUGACCGCCGAGGAGAUCUGCAUCCAGAUCGCCCAGAAGAUCGGCAUCACCCCCAUCUGCCACAGCCUCUUUGCCCUGUAUGACCCACAGAUCCAGACCUGGUUUCCUCCCAGCCACGUCUUUGAGGUCGGCCGGGAUAGCAGUUGGAGCUUGCACUUCCGCAUGAGAUUUUACUUCCGUAACUGGCAUGGGCUGCACACCCGGGAGCUGGCCGUGUACCGCCACGGGCCCCAGGCCACUGGGGGCCCCAGGGAGCGGGCCGAGCAGGGAGAGGGGCUGCUGGACCAAGCGUCGUUCGAGUAUCUCUUCGAGCAGGGCAAGUUUGACUUUGUGAACGACGUCGUGUCCCUGUGGGAGCAGCCCAGCGAGGCUGAAGUCUGCCGUUUCAAGAACGAGAGUCUGGGCAUGGCCGUCCUGCACCUCGCUCACCUGGCCCUCCGGCAAGGCGUCCCCAUCUGGGACGUGGCCAAGACCACCAGCUUGAAGGACUGCAUCCCGCGCUCCUUCUACCGGCACAUGCAGCGCCACAGCUCUCUAACCCGCUUCCGCAUGCGCAACGUCUUCCGCAAGUUCCUGCGGCGUUUCCAGACGGAGACGGCCCGGCCCGGGCAGCUCAGCCCCCAGGACGUCAUGGUCAAGUACCUGGCCACUCUGGAGCAGCUGGCCCCCCGCUUCGGCACCGAGCGUUUCCCGGCCCUGAAGCUGGCGCUGCCGGUCGGGCCGAGGCUGGAGCCGGAACCGGGCUACGUCCCCAGCAGCCACCCUCUGCUCACGCCUGAUGCCCGCUCUGGCCCCCCGGCCCCCGGGGAUCAAACGGCCACCCACGAGGUGCUGGUGACUGGCACCGGGGGCAUCGCGUGGCGGCCGCUGCCGGCCCAGGUGAGCGGGAUGGGGGCUGGAGGUGGAGGCGGGGGUGGCUGGAUGCUACCGCUCCUUCUCCCCUCCUCCUCCCCGGCCCUCGGCUGAGGGACUCCGGGUGUGGGCCAAGAGGCGCCGUGGGAACGCUUCUGUGACUUCCAGGAGAUCACGCACGUCGUCCUCACGGGCAGCCGCGUCACCAUCCACCAGCGGGACAAUCAGAGCCUGGAACUGGCCCUCCCCACCCCGGCAGCCGCCCUCUCCCUGAUCUCUCUGGUAGACGGCUACUUCCGGCUAACCACAGAUGCCAGCCACUACUUGUGCCGUCAGGUAGCUCCACCCCAGUUGGUGAUGAGCAUCACGAACGGCAUUCACGGGCCCCUCAGGGAGGCAUACGUCUGGGCCAAGCUGCAGCGAGAAGAACCAGAAGAUGGGCUGUACCUGAUCCACUGGAGCGCCUGUCAUUUCCACAAGAUGAUCCUGGCUGUGUCCGGGUGGGAUCGCGCCAGGGCCCUGGCCCCCGCUCCCGCCGCCGCCCUCCCCAAGCUGACCUACAAGCAGUUCUACAUCUGGCAGCGCCAGGGCCCCACGUUCCAGCUGGAGGGUUGGGAACGCGGCUUCUCCACCAUCCGCGACCUCGUGGCUGCCCUCCAGGACUGCAGCCUGCGCUCUGGCCCUGACAGCUUCACCAUCCGCCGCUGUUGCCCACCCCGGCCGGGAGAGAUUUCCAACCUGAUCAUUACCCGGCGACCUUGGGACAGCCCCAAACCACCCAGCCUCACCCAGCUCAGCUUCCACCAGAUCCACAAGGACGAGAUCACCCAGCUGGCCCACUUGGGCCAGGGCACCCGGACACAGCUGUACGAGGGCCGCCUUCACGUGGGGGCCGCGGGGAGCCUCUCGGAGCCAAACAACAACCAGCAGGAGCUGCGCGUGGUGCUCAAGGUGCUGGACCCCAGCCACCGGAACAUCUCUUUGGCGUUCUUCGAGACAGCCAGCCUGAUGAACCAGGUCUCCCACAUCCACCUAGCUUUCGUCUACGGCAUCUGUGUGCGAGGCUCUGAGAACAUCUUGGUGGAGGAGUUUGUGGAGCCCGGCCCGUUGGAUGUCUGCCUCCGCCGGGAGAAAGGCCGGCUGCCUGUGGCCUGGAAGGUCACCGUGGCCCAACAGCUGGCCAGUGCCCUCAGCUACCUGGAGGAUAAGAACCUGAUGCACGGGAACGUCUGCGCUAAGAAUGUCCUGCUGGCACGGCGGGGCCUGGAGGACGGCCUGCAGCCUUUCAUCAAGCUCAGUGACCCUGGAGUCAGCUUUGCUGUGCUAUCCCGGGAAGAGCGUGUGGAGAGGAUCCCCUGGAUCGCGCCCGAGUGCGUGCAGAGCGGGACGGGUUGCAGCCCGGCCGCGGACAAGUGGAGCUUUGGCACGACACUCCUGGAGAUCUGCUUCGAUGCUGACGCUCCGCUCCGGGAACGCACUCCCUCCGAGAAGGAGCGUUUCUAUGAGAAGCAGCACCCGCUCCCCGAGCCAUCGUGCAGAGAACUGGCCACCCUGAUUGGCCAGUGCCUGACCUACGACCCCAGCCAGCGGCCCUCCUUCCGCACCGUGCUGCGUGACCUCACCCAGCUGCAACCACAGAACCUGCUCGGCGUCAUCGCGGUCAGGCCCGAUGCCCCCGCCGCGGACCCCUCGCUGUUCCAGAAGCGCUACCUGAAGAAAGUCCGAGACCUGGGGGAGGGCCACUUUGGCCAAGUGAGCUUGUGCUGCUACGACCCCGUGGGCGACGGCACCGCCGAGAUGGUGGCCGUCAAGUCUCUCAAGGCCGACUGUGGCUCACGGCUCCGGGGAAGCUGGGAGCGGGAGAUCCGGAUUCUGCGGGCGCUCUAUCACCAAAAUAUUGUCAAGUACAAGGGCUGCUGCAGUGAUCAAGGGGAGAAGGUGUUGCAGCUGGUCAUGGAGUACAUGCCACUAGGCAGCCUGCGGGACUAUCUGCCCAAACAUAGUGUGGGCCUGGCCCAGAUCCUGCUCUUUGCCCAGCAGAUCUGUGAGGGCAUGUCCUACCUCCACUCCCAGCGCUACGUCCACCGGGACCUGGCGGCCCGCAACGUGCUGCUGGAGAAUGGCAAUGUGGUCAAGAUUGGGGACUUCGGCCUGGCCAAGGCCGUGCCUGACGGGCAGGACUACUACCGUGUGCGCGAGGACGGCGAUAGUCCCGUGUUCUGGUACGCUGUGGAGUGCCUCAAGGAGUGCAAGUUCUACUACAGCUCCGACAUCUGGUCCUUUGGGGUCACCCUCUAUGAGCUCCUGACCCACUGCGACCCCGGCCAGAGUCCCCCGACGAAAUUAGUGGAGCUCAUCGGGACCACCCAGGGCCAGAUGACUGUGCUGAGGCUCAUUGACCUGCUGGACCGAGGCCAGAGGUUGCCCUGCCCUAAGGACUGUCCCUGGGAGAUCUAUCUCUUCAUGAAGAACUGCUGGGAGCCCGACCCAUCCUUCCGCCCAACCUUCAAGAACCUCAUCCCCAUUCUCGGGGCCUUCCGGGAAAAGUACCGGGGCCAGGCCCCCUCCGUCUUCAGCAGGCCUGCUUCCCCUUCCUGUCUGGAACUCGGUCCCCCUCCAGUCCCACGUCUCGGAGGAUAGAACGUUUUGAGGGUGAGAUGGGAGGUCUGAGGGCCGGGAUGGGCAGGGAGGGGUUUGAGUUCACAGCCCAGAGCCCUCCCUUUCCUGUCUGGCUGGGCCAGAUCCCCGGCUCCGGGCUGUCCCGCAUCCCCGACCCUCAGUGUGCUGGCAUGCUCCCCGCUUUGAAAGGCCAAGAGGUUGUGGCCCUGCUUCCUGGGCGAGGGUGGGGUCCCUCACCCAUCUUUGCCCCCCCACCCGCACUACUCCCCGUCCACAGGUGGUAUCACGGACGAUGGCUGGAACUGGCCCAGGGCACACUGGAGAGGGAGCCGGGGGCCUGGACGUGCAUGCGUGUUCCAGGGCAGACUGGGUGGCGGUUCGGUCGGUCGGGGCCCAGCGUGGAGAUUCCUUGUCUAAACCCUCCCUGUCCCAGGGCUUCUACCCGCCUGUGGCCACCAGCCAAUAAGUUGUUGGAUUUUACUAUAAUCAGUCCCCCUCCAGCCGUUCCCCAGUUGGAUACCCAACCACCCCCCCAAAUGAUUACUCAGGUCAAAUUACUGCCACCAAGCCAUGCCCUGAAGUUACAGAUUUACUCCCCCGCCCCAUAAGCACAGGGCUCAUUGGGGUCCCACUCUCCCACCCUGCUGUCCGUUGUUAAUAGGGGCAGGGGUCGGCUAACCCCUCCCUCGGGAGUGCCGGCCAGAUACGGUCGCGGGGGCCUGGAAACCCAAGUCACACGCCGUUCUCCCGGAAAAGAAUAGAAACGUUUUGCUAAAGCUGAAGAAAGCUUGUUUCCAUGUUAAAGUCAUAAGCGACAAUUGGAAGCGAACGGGCUCACAGCAGAUAACAAGGUUGCUGCAGUACAAGGUCAAAAUAGCAUUAGAUCCAAUCCAGUUAUAAACCGCAAAUCUCUCCCUGGAUCCGGGCUUCCCCAGAUCUUUCCAUCAGCGCUUACCGGUGGGCCCGGGCUUCUCUGCCUGACUUUCUUCCACUCUCCCACCUCAUCGUCCCCGGGUGUUUCAGGUCCCCACCUCCUGCCCCGGCCGCAGUUGGGGUCCGGCGACGUCAUCCGGUCCCCUCCGGGAGCCGUGAAUCUGCCGGCAGUCUUCCCAUCCAUCCAGGGAUACUCCGUGGAGGUGGCUUGCCUUAGAGGUUCUGGAGGACACGGUGGCGGUAGGGCUCAGGUCUUGCCUUAUCACCCGGCCUAGAGCCAUCAGCAGCCCAUGGUUAGGCAAAAUGUCAGCCAGAUCUUGAGGCGUCAGCACAUGGAUGGACAGAAUGUUGACAGUCUCUAGGUGCGUGUGUGUGCAGGUGUGUACAACCUGCUACGGGGAGAUCAGUACCCCCCUCUUAGGCCACCUCCUUUCCCCAAAGCCAGCGAUGGGCACCGAGCUUGCCUUUAGGUUCACCUUCCUGCUGCUGGACAGCACCCGAAGCUGUCCCUCCCACCAGACUGGAUCCUCCAGGGCACACUGGAGAGGGAGCCGGGGGGCCUGGCCUAGAGCAAUCUGAGUAACCACCCGUGACCUGUCCCAAUAAAGCUGUCAUCCUUCUGGACUGCUAAUCUGUGUGUGCA